AUGGAAAACGAUAAAGGUCAACUAGUCGAACUAUACGUUCCAAGAAAGUGUUCUGCCACUAACAGAAUCAUCAAGGCUGACGAUCAUGCCUCUGUCCAAAUCAACAUCGCUAAGGUCGAUGAAGAAGGUAGAGCUAUUCCAGGUGAAUUCAUCACUUAUGCUCUAGCUGGUACCGUUAGAGCUAGAGGUGAAUCUGACGAUUCUCUAAACAGACUUGCUCAACAAGAUGGUCUACUAAAGAACGUCUGGUCUUACUCCCGUUAA